AUGGCGGGUAACAAACGCCCUAAGGGACUUUUAUUCGAUGUUGGCGGCGUCUGUGUUGUCUCUCCCUUCCAAGCAAUCCUUGAUUACGAGAUCGCAAACAAAAUCCCGAUCGGCUGGAUAAACUACAGCAUCCAACACACCUCUCCAAACGGUGCCUGGCACAAAAUCGAGCGCGGGGAGGUGAAAAUAGACGCGGACCUCUUCUCAGAGUUCAGCGCUGACUUCCAGCACAAACAUCUAUGGGAAGUGUUCCACGCACAAGAGAGCCAGAAGCAAGGGAUACCCACACUCUCACCUCUUCCACUCCUCCCGAAGAUCGACGCAGAAUACCUGUUUUGGGAGAUGAUGCGAGUUGCCCGGAGUCCAGAUCCAUACAUGUUUCCCGCUUUGCAGAAGUUACAAGCGUCAGGCCAAUUCGUCCUGGGCGCAUUGUCAAAUACGACCAUUCUCCCCACAGACAAUCCUCUUCCCCCUCCAGUAAAUGUACAGCAGUACUUUGAUUUCUUCAUCUCCAGCGCGCAUGUGGGACUUCGGAAGCCGGAUCCCAAAAUCUAUGCGCUGGCGUUGAAGGAGAUGAAUGAUGCCGCGAAGAAGAAAGGCCUAUCAUCCAUUCUGCCGGAUGAUAUUGUGUUUUUGGAUGAUAUUGGGAUUAAUCUGAAAUGGGCCAAGAAGGCUGGGUUCCGCACGAUUAAGGUCGAUCUGGGCAAGACGAAGGAUGCUGUGAGGGAGUUGGAGAAUAAAGCUCGUUCAGCUGCAACUCGACGCACUCAACCCACCGGCAAGAUGCCUUUCACCAAGCUCGUCAAGAAUAGCGCUUACUACAGCCGUUUCCAAACCAAGUUCAAGCGCCGCCGGCAGGGAAAGACCGACUACUAUGCCCGCAAGCGUCUGAUCACCCAGGCCAAGAACAAGUACAACGCCCCCAAAUACCGCCUGGUCGUACGUUUCACCAACCGCGACAUCAUCACCCAGAUCGUCACUGCAGAAAUUACCGGUGACAAAGUCUUCUCCUGCGCCUACGCCCACGAGCUCAAGCGCUAUGGCAUCACCCACGGCCUAACCAACUGGGCCGCUGCCUACGCCACCGGCCUUCUCCUCGCCCGCCGCACCCUCAAAAAACUCGGUCUGGAUGAGGACUUUGUUGGUGUCGAGGAGCCAGAGGGCCAGUACAGCCUCACUGAGGCUGCUGAGACUGACGAGGGCACCCGCCGUCCCUUCAAGGCUGUUCUUGAUGUUGGUCUUGCACGCACCUCGACCGGCGCCCGCGUCUUUGCGGCCAUGAAGGGAGCCUCUGACGGUGGCAUUCUGAUCCCACAUUCCGAGAACCGCUUCCCAGGCUACGACAUUGAGUCUAAGGAGCUGGACGCGGAGACACUCCGCCGAUACAUUUUCGGAGGCCACGUUGCGGAGUACAUGGAGACGCUCGCCGAUGACGACGAGGAGCGCUACAAGUCCCAGUUCCAGAAGUAUAUUGAUGACGAGAUUGACGCUGGUGAUCUCGAGGAGAUUUACGCUGAGGCGCACAAGGCUAUCCGUGCCGAUCCGUUCAAGAAGGAUGAGGAUGCUGGGUCCAAGAAGACUAAGGAGGAGUGGAAGGCUGAGAGCUUGAAGUAUCGUAACAAGAAACUUUCUCGUGCUGAGAAGGACGCCCGUGUCCAGGAGAAGAUUCGCGAGUUGGCAUAA